AUAAGGCGAGGGAGGGAGCGCCGCGGCUGCAUCGCGGGCCAGGGGGAAGAGGCUCACGUCUCCCUCUCGCCGUCGGGGGCGGGGCGGGGCGGCACGCUCGCCUCGCACGCCGUCCGAGAGCCAGCCGCCCCGACAUCGUCGCCGGUUCCCUUUCCUACUGGGCUCGGCUGCGGGGGUCCCCUGGAGCCUCAUGGCGGAGAGUCGGCUGGGCGACAGCCCCUCGGCGGGCCAGAGCGGCGCGGAGGGGGAGAGCCGGUUCGGCGCGAGGGGCCCGCAGCUCGGUGGCGGGCCGUCCGCGUGCCGGGAUUCCAGGAAGGGGGUGCGGUCCGGCUCGGGCGGCCCGAAGCCGCAGGUGUACCCCGCCAACGCGGCGCGGGAGAGGAGCAGGGUCCGAAACCUUCGGCAGGCCUUCCACAGCCUGCAGGCCGCCCUCCCCUCGGUGCCCCCCAACACCAAGCUCUCCAAGCUGGACGUCCUGGUCCUGGCCACCAACUACAUCGCCCACCUCACCCAGACCCUGGACCAGGGGGAGUCCCCCACCGAGCGACCCCCUCUCUGCAGGGCAGGGGGCUACUUGCACCCAGUCAAGAAAUGGCCGAUGCGGUCCUUGCUGUACUGCGGAAGCGUGGGAGAGCUGCUGUCAGGAGCGCCGGCCAAUCAGAACGCACCCUCCGGAGAGGACGAUGCCAACCCACCGGCCCCUGACGGUGAGGGCCACACGGAGUGGAGCGGUCAAAAAUGAACGAUGAGAAAAUAAGAGCGCGCUCUGCUAAUGAGACUUGGCACAAUGUAAUAUACGGUACUGCCUUUUAGAAAUAUCAAAGGAAUAAGAUCAUAACGAAUACAUUGAACUACUGAAAUUAAAAGCAUUUUUGCAGCUUUGAAUAAUAGUAAAUAUUGUAUUAAGAGUUCCGCUAUUUGUUCAACCCUUUUCCGGCAGCAAUAAAAUGUUGAUUAAAGCACAAGAGAACACAAAUCAAACUUUAGUAUUUAGAUCCCACUUAAAUAUAUUUUCUUUGCCUUAAUUCUGUGAUCCACUCACCAUAACAAUGUUUAUUUCUUGGAUCAAGUGACAGAUGAAAUAGAAAAGAAACACCAUUAUAAACAUUUUUAUUUUCUUCCAUGUCUCUUAUUUUUUGUUUUGAGGUUGUGCCGUUGUGUAGUUGAGUGGGUGUGGGUGGAUGUGCAGAUUAACUGACUAAGGAGGACUUGUUUUGAGAACUCUUAGCAAUCCUGAAUGCAGCCAAGCCUUCAUAUCACUUCAGUAACAGUUCUGAGCUAUCUAAAUAGCGCUUCUUCGAUGUUUAAAGAUACGAGGACUUUGUAUUCAGGCAGUUUUUUUCAGCUGUUUAAAAAGAUGUUGAAAGGGCCAUUUGGUUUUUUUUUUU